AUGCAGAUACAGAACAUCUCCUUCCUUCUCAAUCCCGACCGUUUCACCAACGAGGUCCUUCGUGGUGCUCAUUCAGCUGCGCGAAUUCCCGCCCACAGAGCCUCAAGAGCCGGUCUCGCGCCCGACCAAGUCAAGAUUAAAGAGAAGUACGGUGGCGGCUACCCCGCACACGUCGAGGGCAUGCACCACCUCCACUGCCUCAACCUCCUACGAAAGUCAUUGGCAUGGAACUUCGCAUACUACCAAGCCCAAGGCCGAGGCCCGUUCUCCAACGACCCUGACAUCUUGAAGUACCACGUCACACACUGUCUCGACAUCCUCCGCCAACAACUCAUGUGCACGGUCGACAUUGGGGUACUAGGACAGGUGUGGUACCAGCCAGAGGGUAAAGCGCCAGAGCCUUUCGUAGAUUUCAACACGGUGCACAAGUGUAGGAACUUCGAAGAUGUGAGGGGGUGGGCGGAGAGGCACCAGCUACCCCCUGCGAAGGAUACGCCGGUGGAUUUUUUGGAGCUGCCGAGGGAGGGAGACAGGGUGUGGACGGAGGUUCCGUGA